CGGCCUGAGGUGUCAUCAUUACUGUCAUCAAGCGACACAACAUGCCCCCUUCUUCUGCCAGCACUACUACUCCCUCCAUACGCCGAGCAAGCGUAAACGACCUGGGCCCAUCAAGCCGCGAACCAAAACGUCAACGCGCAACGCCUUCCCCUCAACCCAGGCCCUCUAUCAGUCGCGCAAGCUCAGGUGUCUCGGUCUCCUCGGUCGCCUCAACACGCGCAACCGAACCUAGACGUGCUACCGCAACCUCCGCCAGUUACCUCCACCAUCGCCAUGGCAGGCUCUCCGUCUCGCACUCUGAUACUUCGGACUGGGACGACGUAGCUCCCCCGCUACAUGUCCAGACAUCGCCCCCCUAUCACGCGCCCCGCGCCUACAACAUGCAAAACUCGCCACCACGCGGACGUGGCAUGUCUGUCCCGCUAACCCAACUUCAGAAGAAGCUUUCCAACGUCUCUCUCGGCAAGACGCGGCCGACGACGCCAAUCUUGAGCGAGACAAGUCCCGAGGCAAUGACCCGAACACCGACCAGUAGCUGUCCCGCAUCUGUGGAUACGCCCCCACUAACCACAACCCCGCCAAGGCGCCGUUUGCCGAGAGCACUGCUUCGUCACAAUACCCCUGCACCAUUGACUACACUCUACGACCAAGGUUAUUUGAGCUCUGGCACUCCCAAGCCAGAUAACCAUACUCUUCUUGGCCUUGGCUCUCCGUUUGCCUCAAAGUCGGCACUGGGCGAUACCGAUCUCGCGUCGCCAACCUUCCCUCCGCCCCAUCAUCAUCAAACGCACUGGGAAGAGACGGAUGCUGUGCCAGACCUGCAGCCAUCUGGCAGCUUGUCGCGCAGGACCUGCACAAACGCCGACGACACUGGCUCAUGCACGUCGGCUUCCUCUGUUUUUAGCUCGGAACGACACGGACAGCAAACCACUCGCCCAUCCGUUGUCAACGUCUGGAGUGCCAGUAGUAUCAGCGACGAAGACGAUGACGUCUCUGUCCACGUUAAGAGGACCACCUUUUACGGUGGCUCGGCGCGUUCAGCGGACCAGUUCUGGCAGCCGACGCGUCUCUUCCAAUCGUCACCCGGAGCUACCUCUCCCUUUUUGGCAAAGUCAUUCGCCCCUUCCCCCAUUAGCAGUCGACCCCUCUCGCCAUUGUUCCCUUUGCCACUCUCCCGCGUUGAAUCUGCGUCCUCAACAGCCGCCCUUGAGAAUGAACCAACCAAAGGUUUUGAGCGUUGUGAUGCCAGCAAACUGUUGAUUCCCUCGGUCGAGUCCCUGGGACGCCGCACGUCCGACCCGGCAUACCCUUCGGAUCCAUCUACCUUUUCUUUUGCCCUCAUGAGCGCGACUCGAGACACUCAAAGCGAAAUCACGCAUCGCCACAUAUCUAGCUCGCCGUCUUCCUCUGACGCAAACGAAGCCGAGUUGACUCCUUCUCGGUCGUCGAGACACGCAACGUCCGCUCUCCCCCCGAGACCUGCCCAUCACCUGACAAGACAGCGGUCCGAAAUGUUUACGUUUCCCGGACCCGCUGAGAGCGUGCCGAAUUCCACCCCACCCAAACGCUCAGACCCUUUCGUUCCCACGAGACCUAAAAUGCCCAAAAGAGCUACCCUGCCAGAAAUGCCUACGGCCAGAGGUACCCCAUUGGGUCGCCUUCACCACUUUGGUGAUGACAAGCCGUCCCCGGCAGCGUUCGAGUCGUCGGGCAUUGCCAAGAAGCGGGGCGAGAAGAACAAGCCUCGGUCAUCUCUGCCUGUCGCAACACACACUACUCCACAAUGGAGCCCCAUGCCAAAAGCUGCUCCGCGUACUGCGCAACGGCCGGCACGCUCCUUCCUUGCCAACUCUUCAUCCGCAUCCGGUCUUCCAUCGCGACGAGGUGUCUGUGGCGAUGGUGAUUCUGAUAUGCGUGAAGAGCUCUCGCAGGAGUUUGACCUAGAGGACACUGAUCAGGACGACAUGAGUCCGCUUAGACCAAUGCGCUCGUCUUUCCGUCACUCUAUCGGAUCCCGCCACCACCGUGUGUCGUCUACCGCGUCGGAGGCCAUGACAUCGCCCAUCAGUAGACGGACUCGCGGUCACACGAGAAUGUCGUCGACCGCCUCCUCGAUCGGCGGAUCGAGAGGCCUUAGACGAAAGGGAAGCUCCUUGUUUGGAUCAGGCGCCAGUGACAGCGAGAUGCCUUCACCUGCAACGCCUACCAAAAAUACGCCAAUCGCCUUGAUACAACCGCGGUUUGGCAUAACGACGCCAUCGCCCACGCCUGCAUCUACCAGGUAUCCGUUUGUGCGCCGCCUGUCGAUGGCUUCAGUCACGUCUGUUGACAUAUCACCGACGGCCUCUCCGCUUCUAUCCGGACGCGUCCGAACAUUGUCUGCCACGGGGCCUGUCGCCCGAGCGUCCAACCCCAUGCUCGCCGCAACAUUCCGGGCGCAUGCUCAUAUGCCCGCGACACCUGCCUGGGAGCUGCAUAUCGGCGACACGUACAUUCCAAAGGAGGCACGUGAGGCUGGGGCAGGACGUUACGAACGAGACUUUGUCACCGUCCAAGCCCUUGGCCAAGGCGAGUUUUCCUCUGUCUGGAAGGUCCGCUGCAAGGCAGAUGAUUCCAUGUGGGCCGUCAAGAAAGGCAAGCCAUACAGCGGCUUUAGAGAUCGCCAACGGCAACUGGAAGAAGUCGCCAUACUUCGCGCCAUCGGCAAGGCCGAGCAUCCCAACAUUCUGCGCCUCGUCGACUCAUGGGAGGAGGCCGGCCGCCUUCAUAUCCGCACCGAGUUGGCGCUGUGCGGCGACCUGGCGAACUUUUUGCUGUCCGUGUCCGAGUUUGGGGGGUUGGAAGAGGGGCGCGUAUGGAAGAUGCUCGCCGAACUCAGCUCGGCGCUUCAACACAUCCACUCGCAAGGCGUGCUUCAUCUCGACUUUAAGCCGUCGAACAUUCUCAUCACAACCGAAGGAAGCCUCAAGGUAGCCGACUUUGGGCUUAGCGUUUUCGUCAUCGGGCCAGAAACCAGCGGCGACUUGGGAAAUGGCGACCUGAGCAUUGUCAGCAGUGGCAGUGACCGUAGCCUUGGUCCAAGCCCUGCAUCGGAUCACGAGGGCGACCGCGAGUAUCUGUGCCCUGAGGCGCUGAACGAUGUGCCACCUGCUCCGCCGGCGGACAUCUAUUCUCUGGGAAUCAUGACGCUCGAGGCGGCGCUCAGCGUUGAGCUCCCGUCUAAUGGCGAAGCAUGGAUCAAACUGCGGCAUGACGACUUUUCCGACCUCGACAACCAGUACGCGCUUCGCGGAGGGCCAAAGCCUGACGUGAUCCCGGGUGAGCCGCCGACGCCCGUGGUCUCGAUGGCGCUCGUGUCGACAAUCCAACACAUGAUGGCAUCGAACCCUGCACAGCGCAUGACGCUUGCAGAGCUGCUAUCCCUUGUGCCGCUGCGGCGGGCGCAGGAAGCGAUGGCCCGCGGAAGGGAGGAGGGCGGGUUGCUGCGAGGCCGGAUUGCGGGUCCGGCGCUCGCGGAGGAGGACGACGAGUGGACAGCAUAUGUGCUGGGAGAAGUAGCAUAGUAGUUGUAUAUAUCAAUGCCACGAG